UCACUUCCGAGACGUGCGACCAUAUUGAGUUUGGUGGCCGUUUUGCUCUGCCGGGUUCUUCUCAGCGAGUUCCGCCUUUGGGGCUUCCUUGGCGCUGGGUUAGUCUCCCCCUCCUCCCCAGCCACAAUGGAUGAAGCAUUACCAGCCAGUUCUGAGAAGCUUACUGUCAUCCAUUCCAAAGCCCACAGAGAUACUGUUCUGGCUAACUUUGAAGAUCAGAGGAAGAAAGACUUUUUGUGCGAUAUCACUUUAAUAGUAGAAAAUGUUCAUUUUAGAGCACACAAAGCUUUACUUGCUGCCAGCAGUGAAUAUUUCUCAAUGAUGUUUGUUGAUGAGGGAGAGAUAGGCCAGUCCAUCUAUAUGUUGGAAGGGAUGGUGGCAGAUGCCUUUGGUGCCCUGUUGGAAUUUAUCUACACAGGCUAUCUGCACGCUUGUGAAAAAAGUACAGAGCAAAUAUUGGCCACUGCUCAUCUUCUCAAAGUGAAUGACUUAAUAAAGGCAUACACAGACCAUCAAAAAAGUCACAGUCUAAAUACUACUCUCUCUGCUGUGCCUAACAAUGGAGCCACAGUAGUAGUUAUUUUGGAUGACACAAAAAGUGAAGAUCCACCAAAGCGAAAACGUGGAAGACCAAGAAAAGUUAAGAGUAUUGUGGAGGAAAAAUUGGACACCCCUUCAGCUGAGGAUGCACAGUUGAAAGAGAACAACUCAGUUCACAAUAAGCAAGAUUUUAUGAAAAAGGGUGUUGCCAGAGAAGACAGAAAUUCUGAUGAGUUGACCACAGUAAGCAAAGAAGUAGAAGAAACUGAGCAUGCUUGUAGUUCAGAUGCCGUGGUGGCUGUCUCUACUGAAAAAGACGAGAACUGUGAUCCAAAGUCCCAAAAUAUCCAGUCUGGUCAGGGUCGAUACAGUAAACGUAGGAUUCGAAGAUCAAUCAAAUUAAAAGACUAUAAACUUAUUGGUGAUGAAGAGGGCAAUGGGCUAAAAAAGAGGCCUGGGGAGAGAAGGAAAUGUACAGCUUCUGAAGUCCAGUGCAAAGAUUGUGGGAAACUAUUUAAAUAUAACCAUUUUUUAGCUAUUCACCGAAGAAGUCAUACAGGGGAACGCCCAUUUAAGUGCAGUGAAUGUGGAAAAGGCUUCUCCCAAAAACACUCUCUCCAAGUUCAUGAGCGGAUGCAUACUGGAGAACGGCCAUACACCUGUACUGUUUGCAAUAAGGCUUUAACAACAAAGCACUCACUUCUGGAACACAUGAGCCUGCAUACAGGUCAGAAAGCUUUUACUUGUGAUCAGUGUGGAAAAUACUUCAGUCAAAAGAGACAACUUAAAAGUCAUUACAGAGUUCACACAGGGCAUUCAUUGCCAGAGUGUAGCCAAUGUCAUCGCAAAUUCAUGGAUGCGGCUCAGUUAAAGAAACAUUUAAGAACACAUACAGGUGAAAAACCAUUCACGUGUGAAAUCUGUGGCAAGUCUUUCACAGCAAAAAGCUCUCUUCAAACUCACAUCAGAAUCCACAGGUACACAACUAUUUUCUUCAUUCUAUAGGAGAAAAACCAUACUCAUGUGGGAUUUGUGGGAAAUCCUUUUCUGAUUCCAGUGCCAAGAGGAGACAUUGCAUCUUACACACUGGCAAAAAACCUUUCUCUUGCUCAGAGUGCAAUGUGCAGUUUGCACGGCUGGACAAUUUGAAGUCUCAUUUGAAGAUUCACACCAAAGAAAAGCAGUUGCAAGAAGUGAAUAGUGUAUCCAGCAGCAGUGGUACAGAGGAAGUGAGGAACAUCCUUCAGCUACAACAGUAUCAACUGUCCACCACUGGUGCGCAAGAGAUCCAGCUGCUGGUUACAGAUUCAGUGCACAACAUAAAUUUUAUGCCCAGUCACAACCAAGGUAUCAGCAUUGUCACUGCUGAUGGGUCCCAAAAUGUAAUGACAGACCAUUCUGGUAGUCUCACCCUUCUGACCCAGCCGCCACAGCAAUUGCAGAACUUGCUUCUUGCAUCCCAGCCAGAACCAGCAGAGCAAAUGCAGAGUAUCAGUAUGGUGAGCAGCCAAAUGGAACCUGCCCAGGCUGAGCAAAUGCAUGUUAUCACGCUGUCAAAAGAAGCUCUGGAACAUCUUCAUGCCAAUCAAAGUCCAGCAGAGGUGCUUCAAAUAGCAACGGGAACAUCACAUCCAGCCCAGCAUUUGCAGGUGCCCCAAGAACCUAGUCACUUUCACAUCAGUCAAGAUGCAGUCCUACCUCCACAAAUGAGCAAAGAACAGGCCCAAACAUUACAUGCCUCUGAACCACCACAGCAGUCCCUGACUGUAGACCAGUCAUCUGGUGACCAUCAUACCGAGAGACAGACUUUUUAAAAUGCAGACUGAUUUGCCUCUUAUUUAUUUAACAGGAGUGAAAUGAAGUAUUUCAUACCAGGUGCAUUGUGUUUGGUCCACUGACUUCUUAACUUUACAUUUGGAGACACUGAUGGAUGCCUUAUUGUAGUUGGGAUGGCUUUCUUUUUCCAAACAGCUUUAUUUACUUAAGGUUGAUAGAAUGGUUUCACCUGAAUUGCAGUAGUAAUGCAGUAUUGUGACCAUGAUUUAGCCAAAGUCAUGUACUUUAACAAUCCUAUUAAUUUUAAUGGGCUGGAACUCAAACUCUUUCAUUGAAACUGAUGAGAUGCAAAAAAGUUUCACUUUGACUGGCUCUUGCUGUAUAGGCUUAACAAAGUUUAAAACAGAUAUAUUUGAUGGUUAUUCUCCUUUGUGUUCCUUUUGUGCAGAUUGGGCCCAGUGGAAACCCAAUUAAUCCUGUAUGGCCAAAGAAAAAAAAAAAGCUCACCCUUUAUUUGUAAUGUACUUUUGUCUGGAAUGUAUGAGAUCUGACCUUUCA